AUGCGGACCGCUGCUCUCCUCUCUGCCGUCGCCUUCCUGGGUUCGGCCGUCGCUGUCCAGAACACGUACCUCUAUGACGACUGGGUCGGCUGCUACCCCCCGUCUGCCAUCCCGGCGGGCACGGUCAUUCCCCAGUCAGAGCUUCAAACGAGCCCCGGCGCGCCUGAUCUGGAUUGUGGAAACGCAUGCAGGGCGUUGAACGGCGUCUGGUCGUAUUUCAUGUACAUCAAGAACACGGAGAGCUGCACGUGUCUCUCUGCUCCUCCUCCUGCCUGGUCAGACCAGAUUCCGGGCGACUGGCAGGGCUACUGUGAUGACUACGACAAUGCGGAUCUUCUCAUCAUUGCUCCUAAGCGUGUGCCACUCGACAGAUGGCAAAUGGCCAUGUGCUGGACGGGAUAUGACCCCGCCAUCCAGCCCAACAGCUACGUCGAUCUGACUUCGUCCGGCGCAACAACCGCCAUUGAGUGUCUCAAGGCAGGCGCUGCGCAGCUCACAUACCUCUUCGGCUACAACAUCAUCUGGGACCCGUUGUCGACACCCAGCUGCUGGAUGUUCCAGGGAUCAGCUUCCGGCACCCCUGUUGUUCCCUGCCAGGCCACCGGCAAUGCCAUGACAUUCCAGUACCUGCCCGCUCCUUCUCCGGACGCAUCUGGGGCGGCGCGUCGCCGGGCGCGCCAGAGAAGGGAGCAGGAGACUUUCGGUGACAACCGGCUGUGUCCCGUAGGCCAGGACGCCUGCUACGUUGGCGCGGACCGCAAUGCUGGCUACGAAUGCCUCGACACUAGUGUCGAGCUCGAGUCUUGCGGAGGCUGCAUCUACGGCAAAGUCGGUGCCAACGAAACUUCUUCCGGUGUCGAGUAG